AUGUUGAUCGACUGGAUCCGCGCAGCUCAGGCGGAGAGUUUUCCUCUAACCUUCUGUCGUGCAUGGGGCAUCCGCAAGACGUUCACGCUUCCGGCCUUUCCACAGCAAAAUGGGAUCACUGAGCGCCGCAUUGGCAUGGUCAUGGACGUCGCUCGUACGUCCAUGAUCCAUGCGGCUGCUCCCCAUUUUCUGUGGCCGUUCGCGGUUCAGUACACGGCGCAUCAGAUCAACCUUCAGCCUCGGGUCUCCUUGCCGGAGACCUCCCCUACUCUGCGGUGGACAAGGAAGGUUCGCAAUGCGUCUGCGUUUCGUGUCCGUGGAUCUCGAGCAUUUGUCCGCGACUUGUCUACGAACAAGCUGUCCCCCCGUGCUGCUCCCUGCAUCUUCCUUGGCUUCCCCCCUGACGCGCCUGGUUGGCAGUUUUACCAUCCCACCUCGCGCCGUGUUCUGUCCUCCCAGGACGUUACGUUUGAAGAGUCGGUUCCUUACUACCGUCUCUUCCCCUACCGCACUGAACCCCUUCCCCCGCCGUCGCUCUUCCUCGCGCCAGGUCCACCCCCGGUAGACCCCCUCCCCCCUCAGGGUUAUGCCCCCUUAGGUGUGUCUCAGGUAGACGCAGUCGAGCCUGUCGAGGUAGCUGUUGACUCUGGUGCUACUAGGGGUGCUGAGCCUGGGGGUGCGGGGUCUGGGGGUGUUGAGCUUGGAGGUGUUGAGCCUACGCGUGCGGAGCCUGGGGGUGCUGAGCCUAGGGGCGCUGCAUCUGGGGGUGCUGAGCCUGGGGGUGCUGCGACUGAGGGUGUGGAGCCUGAGGGUGCUGAGCCUGCUCGUGUGGAGUCUGGCGGCAGUGGGUCUGGAGGUCUUUCGGAUGCUUCGUCCCGGCGGGAGCUGCCCUCUCUACAGGCGCUGCGCGAGUGGUUUGCUCGGCGCUGGAGCCGUGCUGCUGGAGCUGGAGGUGUUGCUGGAGCUGUUGGUUCUACUCCUGCUGAGGGUGUUGGUGCCACGGCUGCUGACAGUGCUGGAGCUGGUGGUGCUGCUGGGGUAGGUGCUGCUAGAGUUGCUGGGGCUGGAGCUGUUGAGUCUUCCGGUGGUCCUUCUGGAGCUGGAGCUGCUGGGGGCGUUGGCGCUGGAGGUUCUGCUGGCGCUGGUGCUUGUGGGGGUAAUGGAGUUGGCGCUGCUGGAGCUCGGGGUGCUACUGGCGCAGGUGCUGCCGCUAGGGGUGCUGGUGCUGUACCUUCUAGUUCUGGAGGCGUUGCGCAGCCGCGGCCGUACUUCGUUCCGCUCCUUGAGCAGGUUCUUGGUCUCCCGCCUUCCGCUGGUCCUGCUUCUUCCUUAGAGUGUCCACCGCCUGUCGAGUUCGAGUCACAGUUACAGCCCGCCUCCCCACUACCUGCUCCUUCUCCCUAUACUGGUCCUACUGGAG